AUGUUAACGGGUGAUCGGCGUUUUCUAAUGGAAGUGUUUUUGAGCGUCAGAGCGUACAGGACCAAUGUCGAGAAAAUCGAUCCCUUCGCCAACCCGGGGCCGCAAAAUUAUCGCCUGGGGUUCGGACAACGUUCCCCCGUCGGGAGCGCUCUUUGUACACGAUACCGCCGACUCCAUACCGUAGAAACUUUGUUCCUGACCUCUAAGGAAAAGAGUUUGUUUUCGGCGGAAAGACCAACAGCGAAUCAGUUCGAUUCUAAGCGGAUUAGCUGGGACAUCCACAGGCUGGAGACGACUAUCCUCGUCGACUCAAAUGAUAAUGCAGACUCGGACUCUAAGACCUUGUUCAAAGGCGGACUACUAGUCGCCAAACCAAAGUGCUGGGAUGUCCGUAUUGUGGUCGAGACAGAAAUCGAAGACCUAGAUGAGCCUCAGGACUUGAGUGAAGAAAUUUCAGGCCCAGGUCAUUGCCAGCAUGUCGCAAAAGCCCACGGCGACGAAAAUUUUUUAUUGUUCGGUCCUGAGCAAUGCAAACCGAGAGGGAAGAACUCGUAUGCCAACUUGAAAGGCAUUAUUCUGAGUAAGGAAAGAUUGCAGGAGCAGCAUCACUCAGAGCAUGUGGAACCAGGAAAUUCCCGUUCUUCGGUAGGAACAUCACGUGGUCGUGACAAUAGAGCGCACUCUGGCCACUCGGAUUGUAAGGUUAAUUAUGCCACAUUCUUGUUCCGUCAAUGGAAUGCUAUCAAGGCCCCGAUCCAUGUUCAGACCGACUUACUCCGUAAUCACAGCGCGGCAACCCCGGACAAUUCGAUGAAGGGAGUUAACUGUGGACCCACUAAAAUGGCCAUUUUACCGCAAUUUGGCCUUGUUCGGGAUUACAUUGUGGGGGACAUAGCAAUUAUGUCGACCGCCAUAGCGAAUAGAAAGCUGGUUGCCGCCCGGCAACCCCGUCAUCACAGCUCAUAA